AAUCUGUGGUCUGGUUUGUGUAAAGCAGGAGGAGGAUAUCAGAAGACGCGAAAAUCCAUUGCACGAUUUGUAGUGCCUCUGCCAGAGCCAUAAGCUUGAGCAAAGAGUGCAAAAUGGAGAAAGAAGAGAUAGGGAAGGUCAAGGAGAAGGAGAAGCUGUGCAAGAGGUGCAAACAGUCUUUUACUUCCUCUUCUAACGCCUCCUCUGCUUGCCGCUUCCAUCCUUCCUUCUUUGUCUGUCGCCGUCACGAUGACCAGAAAAGGUACUAUGAAUUGGGACCUGAUGAUCCACCAUAUGCUGCCAAAUUUUAUGACUGUUGUGGGGCUGAGUAUCCUGAGGCGCCUGGCUGCACCACCAGUUUUCAUGUUUCAUAUGAUGACUGAUCUUUGUGCCUCAAUAAAUUUAUCAUGCAAUAAUUGCUUCAGAUAGAACAAUAAAUAAUAACAUCUUCUGCCUGUAGUUUGGUCUUAGGUGCUUCCUAAUGAUCAUUUGAAGAUGGCAUGUGUUUUACUCAACCUGUUGGGAUUUGCUGGGAACAAUUUCCACGUGGCUAGAUUUUAAGUGGAUUAUCAUAUCUUAUGGUGAUUCACGUUGGCCACAUGGGUUCAUUUGAGUGGGUAAAUCACGCAAAUUUGUAGUAAGGUAGAUGAGGUUUUGAUUUCCAGGUUGAUGUGCAAGUGAAAGACUAUUCAUGAAACUGUGAGAUCCUUUUGAUGAGACGCAUUCUGGCUUCGUGUGACCUGAACUAUAUCAUUGUAGAAGGUUUGCAUUUAUAGAGAAAAAGGAAAGGAUUGUAAGAGGUAUGGACGAGAAAACAAAGGGCAAGAACACCAGUGGUAAUUGGAUACUGAAAUGAGUUGCCUACCUACCUACUUUUCGAGUCUAAAGCAUGUUAAUGGGGUUCGAUCUACUAAUGAUGUAGCAUCUAAUGAUGUAGUUCUUCUCGAGUAUUUUGCUCUGGGACAACCUCAUUACUUUCUCUGUUUUCAUGUCGUUGGUCUCUUUUGCUCUCUAAUAAAUACUCGAAAGUGACAAAAAAGGCCAAAAGAAAAAAAGCCUCCAUGCGCUGUAUUUAUAGUUGAAACAUAUGAACCUAGAAUCUACUUGUGGAUAUGAACCCAGAAUCUACUUGCGGAAGUAGUUUUCCAUUUAGAAACAGCUAUCUUUGGGAAUAA